GGCGGGGCAGGGCGCGCGCGUGCGCGGCGCUCCCGGAAGCGCGGCGGCGGCGGCGGACCGGACCGGGAAGGGGAGCCCGGGGCUGCGGCGAGGAGCGGCGGCGGUGGCGGCGGCGGCUCUGCCCGCCCGGCGUCGGCCAUGACGAACUUCAUCUCGGUGCAGCUGAAGAAGGCCUCGGAGGUGGACCUGGCCAAGCCGCUGUGCAAGUUCAUUCAGCAGAGCUACCCGGGCGCCGAGGCGCAGGCCGAGCACUGCCGCGCCGCCGAGGAGCUCAGCAGGCUCCGCAAGAGCGCGCUCGGCCGCCCGCUCGACAAGCACGAGAGUGCGCUGGAGACCCUCCUCAGAUACUAUGAUCAGCUGUGUUCAAUUGAACCGAAGUUUCCAUUCUCUGAAAAUCAGGUCUGUGUAACAUUUACGUGGAAAGAUGCUUUUGAUAAAGGAUCACUUUUUGGAGGAUCUGCCAAAUUGGCUCUGGCGAGUUUGGGAUAUGAGAAGACCUGUGUUUUGUUCAACUGUGGAGCGUUGGCAAGCCAGAUUGCAGCAGAACAGAAUCUGGAUAACGAUGAAGGACUAAAAGCUGCAGCUAAGCAUUAUCAGUUUGCUAGUGGUGCUUUUCAACACAUUAAAGACACAGUUUUGUCAGCCUUGAAUCGAGAACCUACAGUGGACAUCUCUCCAGACACAGCUGGGACUCUCAGUCUUAUUAUGCUGGCUCAAGCCCAAGAAGUCUUUUUUUUGAAAGCAACAAGAGAUAAAAUGAAAGAUGGUAUCAUAGCUAAACUAGCAAAUCAAGCUGCAGAUUACUAUGGUGAUGCUUACAAACAGUGUCAAUAUAAAGAUACUUUGCCCAAGUAUUUUUAUUUCCAGGAGGUGUUUCCUGUUCUGGCUGCAAAGCACUGCAUUAUGCAGGCCAAUGCAGAAUAUCAUCAAUCUAUCCUGGCAAAACAGCAGAAGAAAUUUGGUGAAGAAAUUGGGAGGUUACAGCAUGCAGCAGAUUUGGUGAAAACAGUGGCAUCUCGCUAUGAUGAAUAUAUAAACGUUAAAGAUCUGGUUGACAAAAUCAACCGUGCACUUGCAGCUGCUAAAAAAGACAAUGACUUCAUUUACCAUGACCGAGUUCCUGACCUGAAAGAUUUGGAGCCCAUUGGAAAAGCCAGUCUUGUGAAGUCUACUCCAGUUGUUGUUCCACUCAGUCAGAAAUUCACUGACCUGUUUGAGAAGAUGGUUCCAUUGCAAGUGCAACAGUCUGUGAGUGUUUAUAACCAGAGGAAGGCAGAUCUGGUAAACAGGUCGAUAGCCCAGAUGAGAGAAGCCACAAAUCUGGCAAAUGGUGUGUUGGCUUCCCUCAAUCUUCCUGCUGCUAUUGAAGACGUGUCUGGUGAUACCGUUCCUCAGUCUAUUUUGAACAAGUCUAAGUCUGUGAUUGAGCAGGGGGGAAUUCAGACUGUUGAUCAGCUGAUCAAAGAUCUGCCCGAACUGCUGCAAAGGAACAAAGAAAUUCUAGAUGAAUCUCUGAGAUUAUUAGAUGAAGAAGAAGCUACAGACAAUGACCUGCGAACAAAAUUCAAAGAACGCUGGCAGAGAACACCGUCCAAUGAACUCUACAAGCCUUUGAGGGCAGAGGGAGCCAAUUACCAUAAUAUUUUGAAUAAAGCUAUGCAAGCAGAUGGGCAGGUGAAGGAGCGCUAUCAGACUCACCGGGAUACAAUUGCACUUCUGUGUAAGCCAGAGGCAGAACUGAACGCAGCCAUACCUUCUGCCAACCCAGCAAAAACACUACAGGGAAAUGAGGUUGUUAAUGUCUUAAGAACUUUGCUGGCCAGUCUGGAUGAAGUUAAGAAGGAGAGAGAACAACUGGAAAAUGACCUGAAAUCUGUAAAUUUUGAUAUGACAAGCAAAUUCCUGACUGCACUUGCACAGGAUGGUGCUAUAAAUGAGGAGGCUAUCUCUGUGACUGAGUUGGACAGAAUUUAUGGAAGUUACACGCAGAAAGUGCAGGAGUCCCUAAAAAAGCAGGAAGAACUUCUCAAAAACAUUCAGAAUGCGCAUCAGGAUUUUUCAAAGAUGAAACAAUCAAACAAUGAAUCUAAUUUAAGAGAAGAAGUCUUGAAGAACUUAGCUGUAGCAAAUGACAACUUUGUGGAACUUGUAGCCAAUUUAAAAGAAGGCACAAAGUUUUACAAUGAGCUGACAGAAAUCCUGCUGAAAUUCCAGAACAAGUGCAGUGACAUUAUCUUUGCUCGCAAGACUGAAAGAGAUGAACUGCUCAAAGAUUUGCAACAAAGCAUUGCUAGGGAGCCCAGCGCUCCCUCCAUUCCGCUGCCUACGUAUCAAACCACUCCAGCAGCAGGAAGCAAGCCAGCAGCAUCGCCCGCUCCCACUCCAGCCCCAAGAACCAUGGUGGGGACUAAACCACAGCCGCCAGCACGGCCACCACCACCAGUGAUUUCUGCAGCAAGCAGUUCCUCUUCUGCAUUAGCACCCUCUGGAGCAGCUGCAGCUCCUGCUGCUCCUCCAGGAGCCAGUGCACCUGCAGCAAGCACUGCACCUUCACAGGCACAGGGACCACCUUACCCAACUUAUCCCGGUUACCCAGGGUAUUGCCAGAUGCCAAUGCCAAUGGGCUAUAAUCCGUACAUGUAUGGUCAGUAUAAUCUGCCAUAUGCACCCUCACCUGUGUACCAAACUCCUGGACAGCCACCAUAUCCGCCACCUCAACAACCUGGAUACCCUUUUCCUCAACAGCCUUAUUAUCAGCAAUAAUGUCUCUGCAAAGAAGCUCUGCUUGUUAAAAUUUGGGAGAAAUUGGCAAUAAGUGUACUAAAACUUCUAGCUUCCGUUAGUGUACCAUACUGAACUGUAUGCAGCUAUAACUCCUGUCUCUUGUUAACUGCUCCAAAAUGUCUAGAUCAGUUUUUAUGACACUAAACUCUUUGAAAGAUCUACUGCAGUGGUUUAGACCAUAGACUAAUGCCAGAAUUCGAGCCUAAUUCAGUGGUCUGAAGCAGUACAGUACAUUUUGGUUAGACCAAAACAUUUGUUUGCAGAAAUCCUCUAAGUAACAAAUAGGUUCCGAUGAGAAAAACAAAGCAGUGUGUGCACUGGGUGUGAUAUAUUCUACAGAACCAUAUAGCAAUUCCUUCUAUACUCUAUUGGUUUGUAUUUUUUUUUAGUUUAGUUAAAAUAUGCUAUUUUGUCUAAUAAUCAAGGCCUUGUAAAUCAUCAGUAAAAAGAAAUAAAUUACUUAAGAACGGUUUAAA